AGUCUGUGUGGCCCCCAUGUGACGGCCAUGCCCCACCUGCGUGAUGCCCAGAUGUUCCGUCCUCUCUGCGUUAUCGGGAAGCGUGUGGAGCGAUCGCUGCGUGUGCGUAAGGUCCGCUCCCUGUUCCCCCUAGGGCCCUUGAAGGACCUGUUAGAUGACCCGGCCGGUUCCCCAGAGGUCUCCCUGAAGACUGAGGGGCCCGUGCGCUGCGACUUCCUGCACGAGGAGUUCCUGGAUGCCGUGGGGAGGGUCCGUGUGCAGGUCAGCAACCUGAGGAAGGAGGCGGCAAUAUGUCCCUUGGCUCCACACAGACAGCUGUCCCUCAGGGACAACCUGCCCUGGCUGGACUCUGUACACCGCCUCUACCUGGUGAGUGAGGUGUACUGCAGCUCUGAUGCCAAACUGCGUGUGCUGGGGAUGGAGAGGAGGACAGAGCUGAGGCUGGGGCCCAACACCCCUCUGGCCUUCUCCUGCCUCAGGCUCUCUGUCUCUCCCUCGGGCCUGGUGGAGGUGUGUGACGGCUGGGAGGGCAGCUACCUACACCCCAAGGCCAGGUGGGCCAAGUUCGACUCCCCGGACUAUGCGUCUCUGGUAGCAGGUAGACCGGUGUCUGAGCCCAAGAUGAUGGGCCUGCUCUCCCAGUUUGCGUUCAACUUCUCCCACCCCUCCAUAAUCUCCCUGUCCAGCUCGGCCCUCCACCUGCCGGACACAUCCCCCAGCAAGGAUCAACACCAGCACCGCAAGGUGACAGACUACCAGGAGGCGCAGGAGAUCUCCAGCGAGGCCCUGCUGCCCCUGGAGGAGGAAGAGGAGGAGGGAAGCUGAGCGAGGAAGGGAGGAAGGGGGCUGAUAGGUAGAGGGGGAGAGGGGGAAGAGAGGAGUGUGAGGAAAGGACAUUGGUGUCUCAGGGUUAAAAGCCAAUUAAAUUAAAUUGACAGAUGAGCAAUGC